GGUAUAUUACCAGGGCAUUCACGAGUUCGAACUUGUACCAAAACUGGUGUUUGGACUAGCGGGGAGCCCCAGUGUGUAGAUAUAACGUCCCCAACGUACACAAACUGUCCCGCGAUGGUUACGGUAUAUGCGGAUGAAUCCAAACACACGGGUACUCCUAGAUGGAACGAUCCAAAGUUUACGGACAAUGAGGGUAUCGGAGGUGUAAACUCAGAGCAAGUACAAGGGCCAAGGUCGGCUACAGAACUGGGCGUAGGCGACUACACUGCUGUAUACGAAGCUUCAGACAGAGCCGGCAAUACGGCUAGAUGCGAGUUUACAGUCGUUGUAAAACAGAUAACAUGUCAGUCUGUGUACCCAAGACCUUAUACGUCGCUUAUUUGCCCCAGUGGAAAGAUAUACGGGUCAUCAUGUUUCUUCUCUUGUGCGAAUGGAACUGAGCUUACAGGACCUGGAGAAAUUAAGUGCGAAAAGUUUGAAAAUGGUCAAACCAGCCUUGCUUAUGGUCUUUGGUCAUUUGGAACAACGCAACCAUUCUGCGAACUGACGGAUACAUGCCAAAAGCCUGACCCUCCGGAAAAUGGCGCACUGGCUUGCGAUACUUGGGCAGGCGGGAAAUAUUGCAUUGUUCAGUGCAGAGAAGGUUUCGUCAUUGAAGACAAUACCUUUGAAAGUCUAUUGACGUGCAGUGAUCAUAGUGGAACGUUUUCGGGAAUUGGAGAAGAUCAGAUUAUACCAAGUUGCACAGUGGAGUCAUCAAACCCAUUUUUCGACUACAAGAUUGAGGAAUUCUACUACUUCGAUGGAAAUUGCAUCACAUCGACAAAAGAAAUACAGGAACACUUCAUUGAAGUAUUGCUAGCUGUGCUAGGAAACGUUUGUUCAGCAAAUGUCUGUGAUGUCGAGAGUGUUGAGGUUAUAUGUCCAGAUUCAGACGAAGCUAGAAGAAGGCGUUCUUCAGACUCAGCAACAGUCAUUGUGUGUGACCUUGCUGUAUCCUUACGACAAAAUAGCCAAUCAAAUGUGGAAACCGCUUUUGAUAUCAAGACUAAACUUUUCGAAGGCAGCCCAAACAAAGGCCUAAAUAUUAGUUCAGGUUCUCUGAUAUUUGAAGGAAGGACGGUUUCCAAUCCUGAAUUAUCAUGUCCUUUGGGCUCAUAUAAAGACAAUUUUACCCUAACAUGUGUUGAGUGUAGAAGAGGGACGUUUCACAGACCUGAAAACAACCGAUGUGAAAUCUGUCCUCGCGGCAUGUUUCAGCCAUUGCCAGGGCAAACUAAGUGUGAUUAUUGUCCUCUUAACAAAACAACAGAAAGGAUGGGAGCUGUGCACUUCGACGAGUGUAUUGAUGCUUGUCCGCUGGGAUAUGUCUCAGCCAACGGGGCUCCUCCAUGUUCUCCAUGCGACACAGGCAACUUUGCGUCCACCUUUGGUUCUGUAGACUGCUCAGUCUGUCCUGGACCCAAAACAACCAAACCUGGUGAAAUAGCAAUAUCUGCUGAUGAUUGUUAUGAUUUCGACCUUCACUUUCCAUCGGAUUCCGUUCAGAGUGCUGAUGCUACGACCAAGCAAGAAGUAAUUGUUGGAACAAAUAUUUAUCUCCGUUUCUGGUUAAAGUGUUCAACCUGCCACAAUAUAUUUAAAAUAUAUGGAGAAAAUGAUGAAACGAUAGCCUUUCUGGGACAUGCAAAUAACACUGUUGAACUGAAGUGGAAAGGCUGUGUAUUCAUGGAGCAUUUAGAAUCAUCCGAAUUCACCAAACAGUGGCAAAACCUGGUCCUUGAAGUAAACGAAGAUGCACUGACACUAAUCUUGAACGCACACCCGAUAAUAUCAGGGCUGAACUGCUCUACCUCACACGUGGCAGCUACGAAUUUGACUCUACAAGUAGGAGGCGACGGUUUUAGUGGACGAUUGACCUCCUUUAACGUUUGGGACUACAAACCCAUUAGUGGAGAUAACAGAAACUGCUUCUCGGAAAAUGAAGGAAACAUCUUUUCUUGGAAACAGUUUGCUGAUGCAGAGGGUCAUUUUGCUGUCACGAAUAGUCAGUGCGACGACUACGAUAACUGUCAAAGUGAACCAUGUUUAAACGGGGGAUCCUGUUACGACCGGAUCAAUUUAUUCACUUGUGCAUGUAUAAGAGGUUUCGACGGAGUGACAUGCGAACAGAACAUUGAUGAUUGCGAUAUGAAUUCCUGCCAAAAUGAAGCUACAUGUGUAGACGGGAUUGACACAUACACAUGUAGUUGUGGUGUCCAUUACACAGGCGAUUUUUGUGAAAUUUUGGUCGUGAAUGGAUCGUGGUCGGCCUGGGGUGAUUGGGGAGAAUGUUCAGUAACCUGCGGUAGCGGACAACGUUCACGUUACCGUCAGUGUGACAAUCCAGUACCGGCAAAUGGCGGCUUUGACUGUGUCGGUGAGAAUAAGGAAGUGGGGCCAUGUGCUUUGCCUGAUGACUGCAUUAACGAAUGUAACGAGGACCCUGAAGAUCCGGAGAAUGGCGCGUUAAAUUGCUCAUGGACAAGCAAGGAAACCAAGGAGUGCUUUCCCUUUUGCCAGGAGGGUUUUGCCUUUGAUUCCGAUGAAUUCAUAGAUCAUAUUGAGUGUGGACCAAACACAGGAUUUACCUGGAAUAUACGGAAUGAAGAUAAUCCGAAGGCACAAAUACCAUCUUGUACAGAAGCCAAACUUGCUGAGGAUAACAUAAUGGUGUAUGCUGGUGAAUAUGAAAUUGUAAAUGGCGACCCCAGCAGUGCCGGCAGCAGCAGCUUAAGACAUGCAGUUAAACUGAAAGUAGAGAACCUUGUUGAGGAGUUAGAGUGUGUGGCAUCAGGAACUUGCAACUUCAAAGGUUUAGAAGUAGUAUCAGAGACGGAUACGGCAUCUAUCAGAAAGAGGUCAUUGACAGGCAUAAUGUUUGUGUUAAGGCUUUCGUGUUCGCCAAAUGCAGAAUUUCGGGAAUGCUACGAUAUCUUAGAACAAGCUUAUUACACUCUUCAAAAUUACGUCAAUCAGACGUUGUUUACAGUCAACGUUAAUGGAGUUACGUUAGACAUAGUACACAAUGGAACGUUUGUAGACGGUGAAGUGAACUGUUCACCUGGCACCGUACAGAUUGACUACUUCUGUGUGCCCUGCGGGUCAGGAAACUAUCCCGAGGGUUUCUUCUGUGAGCGUUGCCCACGUGGAACGUACCAGGAUGAGAUUGGAAAGUUGGACUGUAAGCCUUGUCCCGAUAGCUGGACGACUGCUGGGAUGCAAACUAGACACGUCUCACUUUGCAACGUGCCACUGGAAAAGACUACAUAUCGUGGAAAACCUUUAAUAUAUAUCUUGAUAAUUUCGGCGUCGGUUGCGAGUUUUUCAGUUGUGGUUUUAAUUGGAGUUUGGUGUUAUUGUAAAUUGGGAAAAUGCAAUAAGUACGAUGGAAAACGACCAAAUAAAGUCGGUGACUAUCCACGCAGCAACGGUCAUCCCCCAGUGAUUGGGAAUAUCAAAUAUGCAUGGGGCGAAAGACAUCAUGGGCAUAAAAAUGCUGAUGUGAAUGGACCUAAAAAUGACUAUGUUGAAAGACUGAAUGUGAAAGUCUUGAAGAAAACAGCUGACGUGAAGAACGAAUUUCCGCCUCCAUAUUCAAAAUGACAUUUUACAAUUUCAGACGUCAAAACAACGGGAGAUAUAAAAUCAAAAGUUUGAAAAAGGUGAAGACAUAAACUCAAAAGCUUUUCAGAAAAAAGCUUCAUAAGGAAAGCAUUGGAGGCUGUUAAAGGGACUGAACGAAUUUCACAAUAGAAAUAACGUGAUUAUGUUUCAUAUAUCCAA